UAUUUUUAAUAUGUUUCUUUAAUUAUUUACUUUUAUAUGAUCUCUUUUUCAAAUGAUUCCAAUUCCAAAUUUCCAAUUAUAUUCAGCCAACUCUCCUUUUGCAAAACGAGUCGAGACUGCUUUAUAGCUGCAGAGGACGAGAGGAGAAAGGAAGAAGAACAUCCAGGAUAUGUGACUGCUGUAAGCUGAGGGGCCCAGCUACGGUAAGCCUAAUCCGAGGUGCCUCUGAGCUGAGCCUCCGCUCUGCUUUGGUGUCGGCGGUGGUUGAAAAGAGACACUCGGAGCGGGGGCCCAUCGGCCAUGGCGACGUCGAUGCAGACGAGCGGGAUGCUCUCGAGGGACCAACUCCUCCAUCUCUUCCGCCAGUUUUCCCUCCGCACCUGCCAACCAGAUGUGAAGAAACGAAUCAAGGACGCUGUCAAAGAUAAACAGGAAGCAGUUGCCAUAACCACUGCAAUUCAGGAGGAGAUUUUCCUUGAUAUGGGAGUUGAUCCUGGGUUUGGCAUUACUUGUCUCGGAAAAGUAAAUAUGGUUUAUGAGAAUGACCGAGACCUAAUGAUGCAGUUCUAUGGAUUUGUUGCAAAAGAAGAAUUGGCUUGUGAUGAAGCCGAGCUAGAACCUGAUGAGUUUGCAGAAAAAAUACGGACCCAACAAAACCUUCAGGAACAGCAACUGGAAAUGCUAAAACAAAUGCGUAAAUUUCCAAUGGAUGAGCAGUCAUUCGUCCUUGAGAUGCUUCGGCAGCAAAUGGAGAAUGCUAAUUUUGACAGCCAGGCUUCAGUUUUAACAGCAGAACAAAUUCAUGAAAUUGUUCAAAGUAAAAGAUAUGGUAUGUAAGGUCAAGCAGACAAGGAGUGAAUUAAUUUCCUGGCUUGUACCAUACAGUUGUAUUCUGCAAUUGGCUGUUGGACUGACUUAGCCUUAGGAGAAAGGAAAUCUCUUCCUUGUAGAAAGAUGAUUCAUGUUUUGUAUGAAUGCAAUGGGCUUAUCAGCCUUGGCUAUUCUUACA